AGAAGGUCCUGGUGAACAGUCAGACACAGAGAAUGGUCUACAAGAGCUGUCUCAUUGUCCUGCUCCUGGUGGGCUCCCUGAGUGCAGAAACCGACUCCGAGCAGAAUGAUUCCCUGAGCACCAGGAAGGCCAGGGUGGCAGCCCACAACUCAGGUAAAUUGGGCAGAUUGAAAGAUGGAGAUUGGAGAAGAUACAUGUUAUAGGACAGGCAGAGAGGAAGUAAUGAUGCCUGUCAGUCAGUCUUUUUUUAACAGGGUUAGAGUUACCUGGGGAAUGGAAAGAGGUCCUGACAUUUAUAUAACAUUAGAAAAUCCUCCAGUUAUUGAGGGGAUGUUGCACUGAGAUGUCUGAUUAAAGAUAUGCUGCAUGAGCUGAUUCUCCCCAGUCUGCACCAUGUCACCUAAAAGAUAUAUUUUAAUAUAUAAGUGACUUGUAUUCUGUUAAGAUUUCUCACUAGAAAUACUUCUGAAAAAUGAAGAAAGGCUGUGCAAUCACCUGCAUUGUAUACUAUAGGCUCUGCUGGGAGUCCAGACUUUCAGUCCACUACUCCUUUAGUCUUCUCUCUGCUCCAUUCUUGGUAUGAAAUGUGUUAUCCUUUUAGGGUGGUAUUGGUAAGGCUAAAUCUGAAGGGUAUAACUUUCAUUAAUGGUUAGAUUAUUCCAUUGACACUCCUAGGCAAAAUCUGGAGUGUAUCACUGGCAAACCUUUACCUGCAAUGCAUGAGAUGCUUCAAGCAUAUCAGAAAAAUGUGAGACUUUUCUAUCCUCAUCACUGUAAAACAUGCCCAUAUACCUAGUCCUGAUAUGCUUCACAGUCUAUGUCAGGGGUAGGCAACCUUUUAGCAGCACUGUGCCGAUAUAGGAUUGUGAUGUUCCGUUGCGUGCCGGUCCUAUAUUUUUAAAUUGAGGUGUGUAUGCUGCCGUAUUAUGCUUGUGUUAUUUUUACUGCAGUUGCUUUGCAUUGUUGUAUUUGUGCGUAUUUGAGCUAUUAUAUUGUAUAUGUUCAUUAGUAGUUUAUGGUAUUGUGUAUGAUACAUAUGAAUGUGGGCUGUGUAUGAGGGCUGCUUGUGGAAUUGUGUGUGUGUGGAUGGAUAUGUCACAUUGUGUGUUUGGUAGUGUGUGUGUGGGCUGUUUGGGGUAUUGCAUGUGAGAAGCUGCAUGUGGGGUUGGGUGCAUGUAUGUGGAUUGUUAGCGGGUUAUGUUUGUGCAGAUUGUGUGUAUGUUUGUGUGUAGGCUGUUCGUAUUAUUUGUAUAAGGGGAGGGUUAUUCUUCAUUUCUGUGUUAUGAAUGUAAAUUAGUGAUAGUAAAAUGUCUAUUUACUGUGUAUACCUGUAUUCAAUAUCUACUCAAAAUGGCUGCUAGAGCACCCCCUCCCACCAACUAACUACCUCGUGUAACAAGAUGGCGCCUACAUCCGGAGUAAAAUCCCGGGAUGAUGGUGACAUCACGCCUCGUAGGAUGUGCAUUAGAUAAGACACUUAACACCUAACCAAUUAAAGAUGUAUUCUCUCUGUUAUCUAAAAUUUUGCAUAUUAUAUAUUUUUGCCUUUAUAAGGGCCUUGCCGCCCCCUGAGUAAACAUUCCAAAGUUUUUCAUUAACCUGAUACCUGUGUCUCAGUGUAAUUUACUCCAGAGCGUGCAUGCAUUUAUUUUAACAAUUUGGAAAGGAGCAGAUACUCAGGUAAACACUUGGUUUGAUCCACAAUAUCUGUGUAUAUCUAGCAGUAUGGUUGGCUCCCCUGGGUUCCAGUGGGGACCAGGCUGGCCUGGUACAGGUCAAAGACAGGAGUUGCAACAGCAGCUGCAGGCUGCUCUACUACGUUGUGGAUUCCCAUUCACAAGUACUUGGAGGAAGUGAUCUGAGAUCAUUUUCUCUAUGUGCUGCAAUGCUUAAAUUGAGGAUUGUCCUUCACCAUCUUUUCGUAUUAGCAGUUAUUUUAAGUUUUACUGGGAUUCCUGAUAGGCCAGAGCCUGUUUGGCUCUAGCAGCCUUGAGUGCCGUGCAAAGACACCUUGAGUGCCGUGCAUGGCACUAGUGCUGUAGGUUGCCUAUCCCUGGUCUAUGUAGUCAGCAUCGCUCUGGAAGGUUGUUGAAAUCAAAACAAAGUGAUGCUGGCCUUAUUUAUAUUCCUUUGUCCCUAAAAGGGUGAAUCUGUAUCAUCAUUAAACCUUUAACUGGUUGGUGUCAGCCGUGACGUCAGAACUUAAUACAACUCUGUUAGUGACUUGUAUGUAUUAGAAUUAUUAUAUUGUGAUUACUAGCAGUGUUGCAUAUUCUGUACAGUUGGGGAAAGACAGGACAAUAUACACAAAUACCUGUAAAUUCAGAAUCCCUGUUUUAUUCAGCUGUAUUUUAACCAUUUCCCCAACAUAUGAAUUUAUCCAUGUUGCAGUAUCCCUGGUGAUAUAAUGCUCAGUGUGCUCAUAGUGUGCUGUUGUAUUACUGCCUCCUGUACGGGGUGCUGGUAAGACACUAACCUUCUAAAUUCACAUAUGUAUUGAUCGGAAUACCAUGCCAGGCACAGCUCACUGGAUUCAGCAGCGGAUCCCUGUUGGUUCUUACUUGUGUCCUGUGUGGCUGUCAUGGGAACAUUGUCAUUAUAUAACCUGGUGAUAUAUUACCACUAAUAUCAAUCAGGUCACUUCAUCUCAAUGAACCGGUCCUGGUGCAGUGGUUCUUUCGUUUUAACCAUUCAAGGUAAAAAAAAAACAACAAAAUUGACGUUUUACAGAAACCGCAAUGUUAACCUUGAGGGUUUAAACUUCAGUGACUUUUACACUGACAGCCACUGGAGGCACUGCACUGCAAUUUUGGUUCUAAAAGUAAUGUAAAAACCAUGGAAACCAAAUGAAGUUUGGAGCACAAUGAAUUUCUAUAUGGACACUUUUGUCUUUCUCCUGCUCAUUUAUUAAAGUGAGCCCUAAACAGAUAUUUUGGGGGAGGUUAUGGGGGGUGCUGAUGUUAUAGAUCUUUCCAAUGCUUUCUGAAUCUUUACUGCCUGUUGGUCACUGGGUUCUAGCAGCAUUGAGCUGGUAAGCAUGCUGACUUUCAUCAAGUAGUGUAGUUUAUAUAUCUGCAUCAGUGUUAAUAUUGGUGGCAAAUUUCAGUUUAGUUUUAGUCAUAGUCUUUGGACUAAAAUACCAUUUAAGUUUUAGUCGUAUUUUAGUCGUCUGAAUUGUUUUACUCGACUAAAUCUAAAAAAGAUUUGUUGACUUAAAUUUAGUCAACAAAAUGAGCACUGAUCUCCAUACACAUGGCAUUGUCGGAUCACUAUAUUAUUAACCCCUCUAUACUGGGGUAAAAAGCCAUUCUAAGACUUCUCCUUGACUCUUUCUAUAGUGGAAGUUAUUCGCUGUUUGAAUGGAGCUCUGCAAGUUGGCUGUGGGGCCUUUGCUUGUCUGGAAAACACAACCUGUGACACAGAUGGACUGUAUGAUAUCUGCAAAUCUUUCCUGUACAGCGCUGCCAAGUUUGACACUCAGGUAGGGUGACUUUCUAACUAAGGUGAGAUUCAUUAUGGGAUCCAUCAAUAAAAGGUAUCUGAAGAUGUGCUCCGUAUACUGUGAAUGACUAGGUUUGUUACAGUGUGGGUUUCAUGCUAUAUGUGCUGUAUAAUGACACUGGGUACAACAGUAUACCCAUUCAGUACACAUACUACGUGAGCUUUGGGUAAGGGCAUGUUAAAGGUUAGGAGGGUGUAGGGACAAACAUAGGAUUGUGGGCAUUAACAUGACAGAGAUUGAUAGAAGUUGCAGUCCAGUUGCAGAACAGCUAAACUCUAUGCCACCCCUAAGCCAACUCUAAUCAUGGCCUUAGCUCUAGCAGCAACAUUUAAAACAAUACUGUUAUUAACUAUAAUGGUGAUGUACCGUUUUUUCUAACCCGCCCAAUCGCCCCCUUUCUCCUCAGUCCGACGUGCAUUAGGUGAGGGGUUACAAUGAGUCCUGCAGACUUAACGCUUCUGCUUUUAGAAGUGGUCAUGGUGCAAGCAAUCUGUAUGUGCCGCGCUUUAUACUACCAGCACAUGUGGCUUAGUCAGCCUGGUGCUCUGUUCCAGACAGACUAAUGUGACUACUGUGCAAAAAUUAUGUCUAUUGUGAGCACGCACUGUGCGAAGGUGAUGGACGUUCUCUUGCAGGCAGCCUUAUGUACGCACGAGCAAGUAGAAACCAGUUUGGACUGUUUGCAGCCGCACGGUCCUAAUAAUGUCUCAUUUUUAAUGAUCCAACCUCCCUCCAGCCAACCAGCCCCUUGUCCACCACCCUUGUACAGCCAUCCUUGCUUUUCACAUAUACAGUAUAUUGUAUGUUCAAUAUGAGAAGGACUAUCCACACAAAGAUCUGUGUAUUAAAAAUGUCAAUUAUAAGGAGCUCUGUGAUACCCUGCCUCAUCUAUGCCUUCAUUCCACUUUGAGUGGAGCAAGCUUAAAAAAAUAAUUUGCUACUACCUAAGGUUCUGAAUAUAUGAGCAUGGGUUAUCUUCUGUAAUAUUCCCCUGAAAAUAAUACCAAAUAUGUUAAUUUACCUAAAUCUAAUAUUGUUAAAAACAAGUUGAUAUCAUUUUUUGCUCAAUAAACAAGGCACCCAGCAUUUGCUGCACUACCACAUUGUGGAUGACUUUCUAUUCUCAUGAUGCCUCAGGCUUGCUCAUGCAUGCUUGGGCAUGUACAUAGAAAUCCUGUAUAAUUGUACAUACUCUCUGCUAUUCCUUCAGUAGAACGCUAUUCUCCUUGCAUACAGUACUGCAGAGGUUAAUCCAAUUAACUUGCUUUGUCUGACAUGCCCAGCAUGACAUUUAAAAUAGUAAGACAUGAUCGCUUAAAAAAAAAUCAGUAGCUACCUUUAAGAUUAAAGGGACACUAUGGUCACCAGAACAACUACAACUUAAUAUAAUGGUUUUGGUUUCUGUAGCCUGUCCAUGCAAUGUAACACAGCCUCUUUAAAGAAUUGCUGCCUAGUGACAGUCACUCAGACAGGCACUAGAGGUGCUUUCUGGAUCAGUGCUGCACAAUGUGCAGCAUACACAUUGCAUGUAGACGCUGAUCCUUCCUCAUAGAGAUUCAGUGCAUCUCUAUGAGGAGAUGCUGAUUGGCGCGACAUGGUCUUUUGACGCACAUGUGCAUUAGUCUCGUAGGAAAGCAUUGGAUUGGCUGAGAUCAUCAAUUAUGAUGAUCUCAGCCAAGGAGAUGCAGUGGGGACAGAACCAGCCAGGAUGAGACACACGCGGCGCUAGAAUAAAGGUAAGUUAUACUUUUUUAAAGGUGGAAAGGUGGGACUGGCCACCUAAAACAUGUUUUUAACACAAUACACGUUACACUAUACACAUUUGUUUUCCUGGCACUAUAGUGUUCCUUUAAUUAAAAUCUGACAAAAAAGGUCACUCCACCCCUCUAAUGAUUUCAUCUCAAUUACGUCUUUAUGGGAGUUGGAGUCCAUGGGCACUUUUACCUUUGUAGGGUUAAAACAUUUGAAAGCAUAUGUCUCGUGAUGGUCCGGCUCUCAGCCUAUCACUGGCAGCUGACCCAAUCCUCCCUGAUAAUUGCUGAGGCCAAGAAGAGGCAGUGUAGACGAGUGGGUCUACUGUGAUAGGUCAAUUACCACCUCAAUUUGAAUUAAUUGCUUGCAACAGUAUAAGUAUAGCAUUGAGUUGCUCUACAUUUUCAAUGGAAUAUAAAUCUAUAGAUUGACUGAAUAUAUGUAAACAGUGUGUUAGUUCUGAUAUAUCAUGUGACGUGCCAUGACAAAAGUUAUACAAUUGGCAGCUGAUUUUGACAUGUUACAUCUGUGCUCAUAGAAAGCAUAGUGACCUGGUCUAAUAUGUUCUGUUUACAGGGUAAGCUGUUCGUUAAGGAGAGUCUGAAGUGCAUAGUCAAUGGUAUAAAUGCUAAAAUAUUCAUGGCCAUUAGAAGGUGUUCCAGCUUGCAAAGGCUGAUAUCAGAAGUUCAAGAGGAUUGUUACACCAAGCUGGAUAUCUGCAUUGUGGCCCGUUAUAAUCCCGAAGCCAUCACUGAGGUUCUAAAUCUACCCCAACACUUUUCAAACAGGUGAGAACCGCGUUCUUCUUUUCCUAGUUAAUAUAGGGGGGGAAUAAAAUUCAUAGUUACUUGUUCUUAACCCGAGUUAGUACCCAAAACCUGUCCACAUACUACCGUUUGCAUGACCCUACCGCUGGUGGGAACUUGCCUGUUUUUUGUUAGUUUAGAGAAUUCUGUGACACUGAGAGGAGCAUAAUGUUUUAUAUAAUGUUCUUAUAAUUUAUAUUACAAUUCAAGAGUGGACUAUCUAGCUAACAUUGCCAUAAAGACAUGGGUUUCCAAGCUAAUGCCAGGUGUAUCAGAUUAGACCCAUCAAAACGAUUUCAAAGCAUUUUAGCAUAGACAUUGCACACAGAUCUUACAUAAUGCCAGAAAACACAACAUUAAAUAAUUUUCCAGACAUCUGGUUCGCCUUCUUAUUGUGCAUCAUUCAUUGAUGUUUGUCGGAUUGCUGUGUGACAUAAUCUCAGUGUUGUGCAAUGAGCUCAGACAAGUUGAUUUAUUGAAACAUGGGUUUUGCUGUCACAUUCACUGUAUAUACAGUGACUAAACCAUUUGUCCUACAAAAGAAGCCUUGAACAAUUCAAUCACCCCUUUGUUACUGUUAAACGAGACAAUGAUGUAUUUAUGAAAUUAUUGGUGGUAAGCUUACUGGAAAUUAAGAUAAAAUCAUUUGUGGCAACAGUAAAUGAGUACCAUUAAUUACCUUGUUUACAUUACAUAUAUGAUACAAUUUUUAUUACUAUUUGCAUGCAUCAGUGCUUAAAUUUACAUGCUAUCAUUCUCACAAACAUAUUUGUCACUGCGUGUAUUUGUGAGUUGUGGGUAAGGGGUAUAUAGUUAUAGAUAGAUAUACAUAUCUCUUAUUUUUUAAAAAGUGAAAUAGUGGCUGAUGGCAAAAAGAGUUAGCGCCCUUCAGCAUGGAAAGAUAAAUGUUGCCAUCCAUUAAGGAGGAUGAAAGAGAGCUGGCAAUAUUUUCCUUGCUACGUGAAAUAAUCUUUAUAUGCCAUACACACUCUAUCAAGAAACCUGUCCGGUUCCAACACUUUCCCGGGCUUACAUUGUCUCCCUCUCUCCUUGCAGAGACACUGACCCAGAGUACACCACUGAGGAGAAUCAGUCCUAUCAAUUUGAAGCCGCAAAUUGGUAGCAAGCCUGAUUCCUUGCUUCAGAAAUGUGAUGUCGCAUUCUCAUCAAGGUCCUAAAUCUGUCCAGCUAAGUGUGGUGGCUGGACUGAGUCUGCAAAAUCUGGCCUUCCUAGGCAUGCAUGCGCCAGGAAGGCACUCUCUUAACCCCUUAUUAAUUCCCUUUUAUUCCAGAAGUUUGGUCCUUAAGGGGUAGAAGGUGGUCAAAAGCAGGUGGUGUGUCUCCGCUCUAGUGUGCUUAUCCUGCAUUCUUUGAUUACCUGGUAUCUGACCAUCUUCUUGUUAUAUCGUUUGUUAUCCUGUACUGCCCGUGUAGACCUUUGGCUAUACCGACUGUGUCUCUGCUCAUUCCCUAUUUGUACUUCAGUUGGUGACUUUCUCCAACGACCUGCUGCAUUUUGGGAUCCUUCCAUUUAAACCUUACAAAACAAUUCCUGACCUUUUCACAUAAUCCUUUUAACAGAGUCUCAAGCAGAUUUUCCGGGGCUCCAGAAGCAGCCAAGGAAUCCAUGAUGCUAGGCUGUAGAGGAUACGACACACUGUUUGCCAAAAGCAGGCAUUUAAAGUGGAAGAAUUGCAGUUGUUAAUAUCUUUGCAACGCCUGAUAGCGGAUUAAAACUCAGCUAUGGGUUGUGGAUUUUGUUUCUAAACUCCCUGUGGUUUUUACUUUUUAAUUUUAUUGUAUGCCUAGUUGUCCUGUUACAGCUAGAAAAUUCAAUGUUAAAUAACGUAAAACCACAAGGUUCCUUGUGCAUGAGGUCAUGCAGGAGUUCUGCUACGUGGAAGUUACACCACAGGAGGCAAUGAAGCUGCCCUGGACGUUGAAGUGUAGCAGAGGUGUGCUUUGUUUACUUACCUCUCCUUUUCUGCUCACUCUUUAAUAACAUUUACUGGAUAAUGGCUUGAGAAGCUGUCACUUUCUGAGAAAUAUCAGUUCUUUUUUAGAAUGUUAUGAUUGGUAUAGCUGUCUUCACUACCCAGGUGCUGUUCAUUCAUUGGUCACCCACAGCAUCAUAAGUAUGGAAUAAUCUGUUUGUUUUAGCCAUAAAUCUUCUUACCUGUAGUUGUAAAACUUUGACCCCUCUUUACUUCUUGUAACUUCUAAUUCACAUUUGAAAAACAAUGCCGCUCUAUAUUUAUUGAGUGGAACAAUGCAUUCUGAUUCAGGGAGCAGAUUUUUGUUAAUUUAUCACAGAUUAUCCAGUCUUUAGGGGAAAGCUUUUUGGGUGCUCUUAGUUACAAAUAAUAGGGGGCUUUUAAUCAACCUGAUUCUGUCACAGUUGAUCUUAAAUAAAGGUUGGAUGGAAGCAUAAUCUCAUAGGUUGUCAAGGUUACUGAGAUUUUAUUUCUAGAAAAUCAAAUGUGGAAAUCCAGUGCAUCUAGUAUUAAACUACCGGUACCUGGCUCAUUCAAGCCAUUUAACCAUUCAAGAGUCCGUAGAUCUGUUAAAGUGCCAACCUUUGUCUCAAUACAGGUAUUACAACAAACUGCUCGGCAGCCUACUGGAUUGUGAUGAAGAAACAGCUACUGCUGUGAAAAACAAUUUAAUGGAUCAGAUUGGACCCAAUCUAGCCAGCCUCUUUAAGGCUCUGCAUGGUGACAGGUGUCCCCAGAUUCCACCCAAAGCAGACUUCAACCGCAAGAGAAACGUGGACCCCCAGAAACUCCGGGUCUACCGAACCAACCUUCGUGGUGCAGGAAUUGGUCACGACUCCUUGGAAUUGGACUAGCAGGAGGCCUGGCGGAAAAGGUGUAAAUGAAAGUACUGAGAGGGGUAACCUGAAAGUGGACUACAUGUUCCUUUCUGGAUUUCAACAUUUUAAAUGUAGCAGUAGUUUAUCUGUUGUCUUGUUUGUUUUUUGCUUUUUUAGAUUGCAAAUUAAUGUAUUUUUGAGAAGGAGCUAUGCGUUGAAUAUGGUUCAAUCUCCUUUAAUUACUAUUUAUUUUGGGGUGAUCAGAGAGCCCAUGAGAAAUAUACUACAGAGGGGUUUCUACUUGUUUUGCUGCCGUGUUUUCCAUACGUUACCCUUUUUAUUUUGUAGUGUUGGAAGAUGAAACUUUUAAUGCUCCACUGCCUCUUAUUGUAUAGCUAGGAGUCUUCAUGUUUCUCUAAAAGCUCCCCUCAUUAUGAAGAAAGUUUUACAGAACCCAGGAAGUAGAAAUACUAACAAAUGAAAGCGUGCUUAAAAUAAAAUGGACGUUUAUUUUAAAGUGAAAUGUUCAAAUUACAGAAUUUACUUUUAUGGGUCAACAGUACCACAGUCCAACUCUUGGCCUACAUCAUUGCUAGUUUUCAGAUACGCACUGGUCUAUAAAUCUUAUUAUAUCCCAAAAGCUGAGCUGACUCUGAGAACUGAACAUGUAAACUGGAGAUAUUGCAGUUGAGCUACUGUAUUAGUUUAUAUAUUACAACAAAGAUCUACUCUGACGUGGUUAUUCGCUAAAGGGAGAAUUGUCACUAAUUCAAUGCGAAUUUCAAAUUAUCCAGGUCAAAUUCCAGUUUGGCUAUUUUGACCAUAAAUUUGAAACUGCAAUUCACUUUGAAUUCCCAACAAUUCUCACUUUAGUUAAUAGCAAUGUUAAGGAUAUAUCCUCUGCCAACAGCGUUUUGUGGUCAUGUAAAGUCUUCUGAUAAUUGGUAAAGCAUAUGGAGUAAGGCUUCUGUGAUCAUCUAUCUUGGUUGGGGUUUUUUUGAGGGGGGGGAGGGUUCUAAACUACAGCUAAUGUUAGCUUAAUAUUUAUUUAGAUUGUUUUGCAUGAACAUUCUGUAUCUGUUGUCAAGUAUGUCACAGAUGAUUCAUUCUGCAGUAUUAGAGGGGAAGUGUCUCCUCCAUGUGCCUUAGUUCUAUUACUGGACCUGGUUUUAUGCAAGAUCUUUUCCGUUAAAGGCAAGUUUUGCUAUAGAGAAUGUAAAUUUCAUGUUUAGCAUCCCGACACCAGGAUGUAUAACAGCGUGCAAGAGGCUGGCUUUUGUUUUCUACAUCUGAGCAUUUAAAAUUCUCUAUUUUCCUUCUGUUCACCUAAUGAUAAAUAUACUUUUUAAUAAAUGGCAAAUACUUAUCUAUAUCAACUGGCAUAUUUAUUGGCUGAUAAGAGUGUUGUUUCAUGAAUAUACAAAAUCAAGAAAAAUGAAUAGAUCCUAUUAAUGCCAGGUUAACAAACACAAUCAAAUAUGAUAUAAUUAAAAACAAAACAG